AUGAACCCUCACCAGAAGAACAAGAUCGAUGUCAAGUCCCUCAGCCCGGACGAGCAGCGCCUCUUCCGCCUGUACGGCAAGCUGCCCAGCAAGUCGGACCACUUCGCCAAGCACCUGAAGGACCGCAAGUACUUUGACAGCGGCGACUACGCCAUGUCCAAGGCCGGCAAGGGCGACAGCGUCGACACGGGCUCCGUCGGCUCCCAGCACCCGGUCCCCGAGAACAUCCCCCACCUGUCCUCCCCCAACGGCGCCUCGUCCACCUCGGGUCUCAACGGCGGCCACCACGGCAGCAUCUCGGCCGCCAGCGGCGUCGGCGUCGGCCCCGCCGGCUCCCCCGUCAAGGAGAGCAGCUUCCUCAACCGCGAGACGAGCGCCGACGACGCCGAGGAGAAGACGGAGAACAACGCCGCCCCCGCUGCGGACGGCCAGGCCGCCGAGGGCCAGGCCAUCCCCAUCCGCAGAUAA